GGGCCCGUUGCAUGCCGGGAAGUGCCCGUUUCCGUUAGUUGCCCCAGGAUCCCGCGCGCGACGGGUUCCCCCACGUGAAGCCUCACGCUCGUUCCUCCUCUUUCCCCCUCUCCCUUCCCGAAGCGGAAUCACCCCCGGGAGAGGGGGAGAACCGGAAGUAGAGGCCGCGGCCCCGGAAGCAGAGCCCGGCGGGAAGGGAGUCCCAGCGCGGCGGCGGUCGCGGCGGCGACGGCGGCGCCAUGUCCCUCAUCUGCUCCAUCUCCAACGAGGUGCCCGAGCACCCCUGCGUGUCCCCGGUCUCCAACCACGUGUACGAACGGAGGCUCAUCGAGAAGUACAUCGCGGAGAAUGGCACCGACCCCAUCAACAACCAGCCUCUGUCCGAGGAGCAGCUCAUCGACAUCAAAGUUGCCCACCCCAUCCGGCCCAAGCCACCGUCUGCUACAAGCAUCCCGGCCAUCCUGAAGGCCCUGCAAGAUGAAUGGGACGCGGUCAUGCUGCACAGCUUCACCUUGCGCCAGCAGCUGCAGACCACCCGCCAGGAGCUGUCCCACGCGCUGUACCAGCACGAUGCCGCCUGCCGUGUCAUUGCCCGUCUCACCAAGGAGGUCACUGCUGCCCGAGAAGCUCUGGCCACGCUGAAGCCCCAGGCCGGUCUCAUCGUCCCCCAGGCCGUGCCAAGCUCUCAGCCCAGCGUCGUGGGUGCUGGCGAGCCGAUGGAUUUGGGAGAGCUGGUUGGAAUGACCCCCGAGAUCAUCCAGAAGCUUCAAGACAAAGCAACAGUGCUCACCACGGAGCGUAAAAAGAGGGGGAAGACGGUGCCGGAGGAGCUGGUGAAGCCAGAGGAGCUCAGCAAAUACCGGCAGGUGGCAUCACAUGUGGGGCUGCACAGUGCCAGCAUCCCGGGCAUCCUUGCCUUGGACCUCUGCCCCUCGGACACCAACAAGAUCCUCACCGGAGGGGCGGAUAAGAACGUUGUUGUCUUCGACAAGAGUUCAGAGCAGAUCCUUGCCACGCUCAAAGGGCACGCCAAGAAGGUCACCAGCGUGGUGUUCCACCCGUCCCAGGAUCUGGUGUUUUCUGCCUCCCCAGAUGCCACCAUCCGCAUUUGGUCGGUUCCCAAUGCCUCUUGUGUGCAAGUCGUCCGGGCACACGAGAGCGCCGUGACUGGCUUGAGUCUUCAUGCCACGGGUGAUUACCUCCUGAGCUCUUCUGAUGAUCAGUACUGGGCCUUCUCUGACAUCCAGACAGGGCGGGUGCUCACCAAGGUCACCGAUGAGACUUCGGGUUGCGCCCUCACCUGUGCUCAGUUCCAUCCUGACGGGCUGAUUUUUGGGACAGGGACCAUGGACUCUCAAAUCAAGAUAUGGGACUUGAAGGAACGCACCAAUGUGGCCAAUUUCCCUGGACACUCUGGCCCCAUCACCAGCAUCGCCUUCUCAGAGAAUGGCUAUUAUUUGGCUACUGCGGCCGAUGAUUCGUCCGUCAAACUCUGGGAUCUUCGCAAACUCAAGAAUUUCAAGACGUUGCAGCUGGAGAACAACUUUGAGGUGAAGUCACUGAUCUUUGACCAGAGUGGCACAUACUUGGCCCUUGGGGGCACUGAUGUUCAGAUCUACAUCUGCAAACAGUGGACAGAAAUCCUCCACUUCACAGAGCACAGUGGCCUGACCACAGGGGUGGCCUUUGGGCACCACGCUAAGUUCAUCGCUUCAACUGGCAUGGACAGGAGCCUCAAGUUCUACAGCCUGUAGGCCCCGUCCCCUCCAGAAAAACUGAGGCCUUGUCUCCGUAGUGGGUAGCAAUUAGGGGUGGGGGGUGGGAAGGGGG